AAGCGAGCAAGCAGCAUCAUCGUUACAUAAGGCCGGCCGAGGAAGACGCUGAACCUGCGCAGGAAGCCGGAGAGGCGGCUGGGCGCGCAAUGGAGGAGGAGGGCGGAAGACGGCGGAAGGAAGAGGAGGAGGAGCCGUGCCGGUGACCUUCGCUCCCCGGCGCCGGCUUUGCAAGACGGCUGCAAGCGCAGCUUCCCACGCGCGCAGCCGGUUUCCUCUGCAAGCACCGCCUCGACGGCGCGCCCAGCUCUUUCCUUUGCGCCAUGGCGGAGCUGGCGUGGGCUCUGGGGGCCUUGGCCGCCCUGUUCGCCCUGCUGGACGGCUGGUACCUGCUACGGGUGCCCGUGACGCUGCUGUACGCGCGCUGGGCGCUGCCCACGGUGUGGGACUUGCUGGAGGAGCAGAGCUUCGCCAGCCGGGUGCUGCCGUCGGACCUGGACUGCCUGGUGCACAUGAACAACGCGCGCUACCCGCGCGAGGCGGACCUGGCGCGCCUGGCGCACCUCACCCGCUGCGGGCUCCUGCGCGCCGUCCGGGGCUUGGGCGCGCACACGGUGCUGGCCGCCUCGACGUGCCGCUACCGCCGCUCGCUGCACCUGCUCGAGCGCUUCGACGUGCGCACCAGGCUGCUGGGCUGGGAUGCGCGCGCCUUCGUCCUGGAGCAGCGCUUCGUGCGCGCACGGGACGGAUUCGUGUGCGCCGUGCUCCACGUCCGGCUGCACGUGGUGGGGGCCAGCCCCGCGCAAGCCGUCGAGAUCCUCUGCCGCAGGAAGGUGGAGUCUCCUGAACUUCCUGAGGAAAUACUACACUGGUUGAAAUACAAUGAAGUCAACAGCCAAAAGUUACGGGCAGAGAGCGAUCUGCAGGAAAACAACAAGGAAGAGUAAUGGGAUACCUCAAACCCUUUAUGACCUCGGUGCAGGAUCCUUCCAUCCGGAAUCUCCGAGGAUUAUUAAGACUCCCCUUUUCAGCUACCGUGAGAAAUAUAAAGUUCUUGCACUGCAGCAACAACCAAGCCAGCCAAUUUGAUAGUCAGCCCCAAAGGAUUGGGACCACGCGGAGCAAUCUUAUGGUUCCACCCUGUCGCAGGGAAAUAAGGUCACGCCAACCCAACCGUAGUGUAGCACUGGAUUUAGUCGCGAUCCUGUCCUCAUCCACUGGGCAUUACUCGAGAACAGGAAUGCCAUCCCCCUGUUCUUAACCUGUUCUUGUUUACGAAAGCCAGCCCUGAUAGUUCUGUGGUGACCAUCACGGCCCAGAAAACUGAGGAGAGAUGUGUUUUGGGUCUAUGAAAGGGGAACCCAGUUGACUUUUUGAUUUGAGAUCACCACAGAUCCAGGGCUCUGCAGAAACCAAAGUAUAAACGGGCAACAGUCUUUUGGGGAAGCCUGGGUUGUUGUCUGCUUACAAACUGGAGUCGGCGACGUUGCUCUCCAGAUGUUGUUGAACUAAAGCAUGCCUCGUUGGCCAGGCUGGUUGAGGCUGAUGUCCACAACAUCUGCAGAGCAUCGUUUUGGCUACCCCGAUCUACUGCGACGGAUCUGCUGCCAUUUCGCAUUCGCACACGGCUGGCUUCAUGCAAACGCUGGAAAUUGGAGGUGGGGAACCUGUGGUCCUCCAGAUGUUCCUGGGACUACAUCUCCCAUCAUCCCAGGCCAUCGGGAUGAUGGGAAACAAGAUCUGGAAGGCCACAGGUUCCACGUCCCUCCAGUGUUUAAUGGAAACAGGUGUACAUCCAUCAGAGUCCAGGUGGACCACACAAGACCUUCAACUCUUUCUGCUAGAAGGUCUUGUAGGCCUCCUAGCAGAAAGAGUUGUUCCAGGCUGGCCCCACCCGUGGCCAGCUGAUCUUUCUGGAAGUGGGGGACAUUCCAGUAUUAGGACUUAGCUCAGGCUUCCUCAAACUCAGCCCUCCAGAUGUUUUGGGACUACAACUCCCAUGAUCCCUAGCUAGCAGGACCACUGGUCAGGGAUGAUGGGGAUUGUAGUCUCAGAACAUCUGGAUGGCCGAGUUUGAGGAAGCCUGGCUUAGCUGAAAGGGGAUUCCGUGUAGCACAUCCGAUUCCCACAGCCUUGCAUGAGCUAGCACCCGUUCAAUGCAGCAGAGACGAUCAGGGUUUGAUGUUCACAGCACCAAAUAUACAAAACAGGCACAGACUUAUUUCAUUCUACAUGGUUCUUCUGUUCCAGAGAGAUUCCCCCCCCCCCCGUACAUUUGGUGAACCAGGAGGAAACCAGCGUGGUUUAAAAUUGCUUUGAGGAAAAAUUGUUGUUUGUUCUUUAUUGUUACUGUAUUUAGUUAUUCGGUGCUGAAAAUUGGUUGGUGGUUU